CGACAAUUCGGGCUCAGGACAAGAUCCCGUUUUUCCUCCGGCCUGGGGUUCACUUGCCUACUCACUGAGAGGCUGCUACCGAAGUAACCCCAGGGAGAAGCCAAGGGUCCCUCCGUUCUUUCCACCUCCCGCAGAGAGCGGCUGGGCCGCUUCCCCCAGCGGAGGGACCCAUGGGGCAGCCUUCCCUCCAGAUGUCCAGCGCUGCCUUUCUCCGGGACCGAGGGAGAGAAGCAGGAGGUCUCGGUUUUGCUAAUGGAGAGAAGCCUCCAGCGAGGCAAGGGAGGCGCGGCCCCCGCUGCUCUUGGUACCAUCCGAAGAACCCGAAAAGGCUGUGUCUCCCCAUCACCUCCCGGCCCAGGACAACCAACCUGAGGGAAAUCGCUCUUAAGACAAAACGCGCCCGUGCCGGUGGGAGGCCGGCCAUGAUGUUUCCGUGGGUCUCAAGGGCGUCGAGGGUUCCGUCCGUUUCGCACAGAACGAACCCGGCUCCCUCUCGGCUUCCCUACUGCCCUGCUGCUGCCACGCGGCUCCCGCCGUCUGUUCCGCGCUCGUUUGCUGACAGUCAAACGUCUGAUUCAAAACACAGGAAACAGUCUCAUCACAUUGUAACUGCGAGUUUUAAGGUACAAGAAAGUGAGAAUCUAACCAAGUGGCACUUAGGAACUGCACAUCAUUACAGAAACUGCGAGCCCAGGUGAUGACCUUGUGACAUGAUGACUUAGAGCCUCCUUUUGCAGCUGGAAUUUUCUACUUCGACACCUGGUGAUUUUAGGCGCUAUUCAGACUGGACAGUCGCUGUCAGUUGCGACAGUGAUGGCUCUUCUUGGCCUCAACUACAUCUUCACAACAAGGAGAAGAAUGUGAGGAAGGAAAAUCAAACCACAGUCUACGAAACUCCUUCAACCCAGGUAAAAAGUCCUCUAGAAUUUGGAAAAUGUUUGUCUGGUCAGAUCCACACCCUCACAGAAGUACAGUUUACACUUCUGGUUUACAACUGUGGAACUAUAGUCCGGCUUGUAUCUUGGGCUGUGGGAAAGGUGUGUGGGAUAGCUGGAAAGCAAAGACACUGUAACAAUACAAGGAUCCUGUCAGCCUGUCUACAAUCUGGUCAUUUCUUCAAGUCAAGCGCCACCAUUCAGUGAAUGUGAAACGGGUAACGGAGCCCCAGCAACCAUCUCCCCGCUCUGCCAACCUCUCCUUCUGAAGUAGUGAGUGCAUCCCUGUGUGAUCUGAUUUGCAAUAUUCCCCUGAGCUUGUGGCAAAGGUAUUUUUCAGUCUCAUCUUUACUGUGAACUUCAAUGUCAAUGUAUGCAGGCCAAUGGUAAAAGACUUUGAUGUCUCCUCAUGGAUAUUCUAUGUAAUUUGGAGAGUUUUCCAUGUUAGCUGAAAGAAGUCUAUGAAUUUCUUGUUUGUUCAGUAAUUUUUUCUUAGGUUUUUGAGUCUUAAGUGCCUCACCAAGGACCUUUUGGGGCAGCUCUGCAGCACAAUAUCCUAACAAGAGGUAUACUAAAUUAACUGGAUUUGAUAUGAGGUCAUUCCUUUGAAUGCUAGACUGAGCCUACUUUUGUCUUUUUUAUAAAACACAAGAGCAUUUAUAAAGCUAAAAACCCCCAUGCAACCACAUAAGAAAAAAAUUAUUUGAAAACAUCAUCUGAAAACAACAGAAUUAUUACAAUUUAUCUUAUGAAUAAAGCAAACAUAAAGAAAGCAAAAUAACAAAUUCCCAAAACAGAUAUUUCUCCUUUCAUUUAGCACACACGGAUUAAAAAAACAAAUUCAUUUCAGCUUGCAAGCAUUGUAUUUUUCAGCAUAGAACUGCUAAAAGUUUUUCUGGCCAUCACACAGUCUAGCAUGUCUGGCACUCUUCUACAUUGUAAUUUAAUUUUUUGUAAGAUCAUUAAUGUAAAAAUUUUAGUCUUGUUUUUUUUUUUGCUAUGCUUGGAAAAUAAGAUUUUUUUAGAAUUGCAUUAAAAAAAGAUGAGAGCACAGACUUCUGAGAGAACAAAGGAUAACAACAGUGACAAUGACAAUAUUUGAUAACUUUUUCUUUGUUUAUUUAAAGAAAAGAUAUUCUACUAUCAUACUCUAUAAAAAUAUUUUAAUAACUGAAUUUUGCUUCUAUGUAUGAAAGGGCUCCAGCAGUUACCCUUUUUAUUUUUUAUUUAAACCACGCAACCAUUGCAUAAGCACUGGUAAAUCAAAUGGGGAUUUAGCAAGGAAGAGGUUAAAUAAGCAAAGUUGAGUCCUGAAGUAACAAAUCAAGAAAUAAUGGAUAUUCAAGUAUGAUGCUUUUACUUGUUGCUUAUACUGCAAUUUAUCCAAAUGAUGGGAAGAAGCCUACAAAAGACUGUCUAAGUUACAAUCCUCACUCUUCCACAACUGAAAAAGUGCAUUGAGAAUAACCUUUCCAAGCUUUGCUUUGAGAGUUACUCGUUGCUCGAGGGAAAUGAAAUGCCCUCUCAGGGUUGUAGUGACUGUUUAAAUACUCUGUGUAAAGCUAUAAUGAAUCUCUGUAGGAAAGCAAAAUGUCAACAAUAAAAAAUGUGAGCUAAACCCCCCUACUUUUUGAAUUAUUAUGAACACUAGAAUAAAUAAAUUAAAAAAAUGUUCUACUUACAGGAACAUCAACAUAUUUUGCAGCUGCUUUCACCUUUAGAAAAUUAAGCAUAAAAGACACAGUAAGUACUUAUUACUACAGAUUGUACACAAUUUCAGAAUUAUGCACAGAAAGAAGAACAGAAACACUGUGAAUCCAAACACUUACAGUGAAUGAAACUAAUGAUGAGAAGAAAGUGCCUUCAUCAUAUCUUGACAAUUUAGACAGCACACCUUCUAAUACUGAAACAACCUGGAGGAAAAGCACAGAGAGAAAUCCAAAUGGACAGUAUAAAAAUUAAGUAUUUGGAAUGAGAAUGUGAAUUUUUCAUCCUCAUAUUUUUAUUCUUCAGCAGGGCAAUGAAAACUGUAAAUUUGAUCACUUUCUCCAUUUCACAAAGCUUUGAAAUCAAGGAGAACCUUCAUUAUGCAGCUUCACCUACUGAUCAAGCUGCUGAACCACUGCAGAAAUAGAAACUCAACCCAAAUUUUCUACUGAGGUGGGCCUGAUUCCAGUGCAACAUUGCUGCCUCUAGAACGUGGGGUUAAAUACAACAGUGUGUGUACCCAGUACGUACUUUGGGUAGAAAUUAUAUGUUAUUUUCUAGGACCAUAGUUUCUAAGAUCACAGCUUCAAAGACAAUAAAGCAUGAUUGCUAAAGGUGGUGAUCUUGAUAUCAUGUUUCCCUUACCUUUGCAAGUGAAUAGAAA